GUGAGCAGUUUGCGAGACAAGUGAGGCGCUGUCGCGAGUGAGGUGGCAGAAAUUGCUGUCCCAUUCUACCCUCUUGAACAGUGAUUUCCUCUCUCCACCUCCGUCCUCGGGACGAAUUCUACACACAACGCGCAUCCUGGUGAUUUCUGGCGCCGUGCCUAGAUACCAUGGAUGUGAGAAUCCCGAUGACAGGGACCAAUGGGCUCUCUGGACUUGCUGCCCGACCUCUCGAGAGGCGUUCGUUGACAGCAUUCGAACCUUCACACCUGCUCCGAAGUAUUGGCCCGGGGCUCAACCAUUUACAAUCGCCUCUUCCAACCCAAAAAUCAGAUCUUUCUUCUCUCGGUUCUCCUGCACAGCGCCUCGAAGCGCUUGAUCCUAGAGUUAGCGCUGCAGUCGCUCAGCCUGUUGUGGACACUGCCCUUCGUCAGCACAAGUUACCGCAAGUGGGUAAGACAAAGGAAGGCGAUGCUCAUUGUCAAAGUAUCCAAGAAACGAAGCCUCGAGAGUGGCAGUGGGAUGACCCCGAUGAUCGUGAUAAUGAAGGCAGUAGAGAACUCGUACGGAGGGUUCGGGUCAGGGGUGGUGAGGAACGUCGAUCCGGCGUCAGGAAAAAUAUGCAAGUGCCUAGCCAUCGCCCUCAUACUAGCUAUUUGUUCUUAAGGGCAGUUGGUGGCUACAUUGAUGAGUCACUGAAGACGGUGCGGACCGAGAUAUGGGACGAUCCAGAUGACUCAAGCUGUAUCUUGAUAAGACGACAACAGCAGUUGACGGAUGAGAGCCAACUCAGUGAUUCUGACAGUGAAGAUGUUGAUGCAACUCCGCAGACACCUGAAAAUGGGUUUCUCAGCCCAAGGAUAGAAUUUCCUCUGCACAUUGGCCUUCGGAAUGACAAUGAGAGACUUUCAACGGUCCUCCGCGACAAUGAAAUCCCAACGCUGAAGGCGCUACGGCAAUCUCCUCCCACCAAACUCAGUCAUCUCACGUAUACGCUCUCAGAAGAUCGAUCGGGUGAUUCAGGUUCAGUCAUCCGACAACUCCUUUCCGCCUUGCGCUCCCUGGCAGGCUUUGUGCCGAUUGUGAAUAAGGGUGGUACGACUAGACUUGAAGGGGCCGCGGAGGUGAUCUGGCCUUGCAACAGCUUGGGCUCUGAAUUCAGGGAGGAAUACUGGUUCUUGGCACCCAUCUAUAAACGUGUUUGGGUUAAAUAUGCAAGAGCAAAAAUUUCAGGGUGGACAGAGUUUCCAGAACCUCUAGUUUGUGGAGAAGCUUUGGAGCAAUUGGGAUACUCGGACUGGUUGCUUAAUGAUACUUACUCCCGUGUGACCGAAUUCAACGAAGCAGCCGAUAUGGUCGUGGAGGCGCAUUAUGACGACUGGUACGGACAUAUCUUGUCGUACUCACGCGGGUGGACAGAAAUCCUCUCAGAGGACAUACACUACAAAGCAUUACUGGAUCUGGGUCUUCCAUUUCGGCGUCGUGAUUCCGCUACAACCGUUAUCGAAGAACCUCUCAGCUCUGCGGUGCUGCGUGAGAUUUUCAAAAGGACAAAUGCGAUUCGACGGGCUGAAGCAAGUUGCUCGAUUGUCCCCAGCUCAUGA